AUGGUCCCGCCGCCCAAGAAGCCCAUGCCGGAGAAGCUCCGCGACGCGCUGAACAAGCAGCGGGGCCCCUACGCGCCGGAGCCGGCGGCCCUCGCCUACGCCAAGCCCGAGGACCCGCACAGCGCCGAGCGCAAGAUGCUCGAGCAGAUCCUCAACGGCUGCGCCGACGUGCCGAGCUUCGACGCGUCGCCGCGGCCGGACCCGCAGGCGUCCAACGACCUCGUGGCCCAGAUGGCGGGCCGGCUCGGCAAGCUCGAGGCGAGCCUGCGCCAUCUCCGCGACGAGGCCGCGGCGAAGGACGAGGCGCUCGCGGGGCUCCGGGACGAGGUCGCGCGGCUCCGCGCGCGCGACGGCGACGAGGACGAGCUCUACGAGGAGAACGACGCGCUCCGGGCGCGGCUCCGGGAGAUGGAGAAGUUCCUGAGCGACUACGGCCUCGUAUGGGUCGGCGGCGACGCGACGCGGCCGACACGGGAGGACAAACCAACGGACGAGCCGCCGCGGUCGGCGACGCGGCCCGCGGCGCCGCGCGUCGACACGGCGCGCCUCGUCGAGGCGCUCCGCGUGCUCAACGCGCGCGUCCUCGGCGACCGGCCCCAGGUCCACGUCGAGGGCACGCGCGCGCGGUUCAAGCUCAAGGACGGCGAGCGCGUCGCCGUCUACGCGGACGGGUUGCUCAUCAACGGCGGGCCCUUCCGGCCCUACGGGUCGCCGACGUGCCGGGCCUUCGUGGACGACGUAUUGGACGGCUACUUCCCCGCGGAGUUCAAGGACCGCUACCCGGACGGCGUGCCCUUCGACGUCAAGGACGUCUCGAGCGAACAGUACGCGAGUUACGGCGAGGCGUUCGGCGGCGCGGGCCGCGCGACGGGCCGCCGCGUGCGCACGCUCGCCGACGUCGGCGACCGCGACAUCGCGCCCGUCGCGCCGGAGGCCCUCCUCGCGAAGCUGCCGGCGAGCACGGUGAGCGCGGACGGCCGCGUCGUCGACGUCCGCGAGGCGGUGCGCCGCCGCCUGGCGGGCGACCCGGCGGCGCCGCCCGUGGCCUUUGCGAGCGACGCCGACGACCGCAUCGCCACGCUGCAGGUGCGCACGCACACGGGGACCAAGUUCGUCGUCAAGCUCGGCUACGACGCCUGCGUCGGCGACCUCCGGUCGGAGAUCGACGCGCGCCUCGGCGCGGCCGCGCCGGCCUACGACGUGCGCACGGCGUUCCCGGCCAAAGCCUACGGCGACGACGCCGCGACGCUCGAGGGCGCGGGGCUCGUGCCCACGGCCGUCAUCCUCGUCCAGAAGCGGAGUCCCUAA